AUGGGCGCGCUCGGCGGGAUGCGGCGGAACGUGGAGGUGAAGGCGCGGGUGCGGGCGCUGGCGGAAGCGCGCGGGGCGGCCGAGCGGCUGCUGCGGGGGGGCCCGGGUGAGCUGGGCCCGGGUGAGCUGGGCCCGGGUGAGCUGGGCCCGGGUGAGCUGGGCACGGGUGAGCUGGGCACGGCUGAGCUGGGCACGGGUGAGCUGGGCACGGGUGAGCUGGGCCCGGGUGAGCUGGGCACGGCUGACGGGCACGCCCAGGGCACAGGUCAGGGGCAGCUGCUCGUCCAGGCCGACACGUUCUUCCGCGUCCCGCGGGGACGGCUCAAGCUGCGGCGGACACAGGAUGGCCAGGGACAGCUGAUCUUCUACGAGCGCCCCGACACCGCUGGCCCCAAACUGUCCAGCUUCACCAUCACCCCCACGGCCGACCCCGAUGGGCUGGAGGCAGUGCUGGCACAGGCGCUGGGCGUGCUGGGCAUCGUGAGGAAGGAGCGGCUCCUCUACCUCGUGGGGCAGACCCGGGUUCACCUGGACCGCGUGGAGGGGCUGGGCGACUUCCUGGAGCUGGAGGUGGUGCUGAGGCAGGAGCAGAGCGUGCAGGAUGGGGAGCGCGUGGCCCGGGAGCUGCUGCGGGCACUGGGGGUCGGGGAGCACGACCUGAUCUCGGGGGCUUACCUGGACCUGCUCCUGGCCAAGGGGCAGCCGGGCACGGGGGCAGAGCCCCCCCACUGCCACCCCCCGGCUGGGCAGGGACAGCAGAGCUGAGAGAAGCAGGGACACAGCUGUGCCACGGGCACCCUGUGCCCACCCCACAGACAUCCUGUACCCCCCUAUGGGCACCCUGUACCCACCCCAGACACCCUGUGCCCACCCCACAGACAUCCUGUACCCCCCUAUGGGCACCCUGUACCCGCCCCAGACACACUGUGCCCACCCCACAGACAUCCUGUACCCCCCUAUGGGCACCCUGUACCCGCCCCAGACACACUGUGCCCACCCCAGCCAUCCUGUGCCCACCCCAGACACCCUGUACACCCCUAUGGGCACCCUGUACCCACCCUACAGACAUCCUGUACCCACCCUACAGACAUCCUGUAC